AUGGCAAGGGCUCAACAUAGGAUAAAGAUGUUCGCUGAUAAAAAGAGGACAGAGAGGAGAUUUGACAUUGGUGAUUGGGUUUACCUCAAGCUCCAACCUUAUCGACAAACUUCUCUACACCAGGGAUGCCCGAAACUCCAAGCUCGCUAUUAUGACCCUUUUCAAAUUGUGGACAAGGUGGGAGCAGUAGCAUAUAAACUCCAGUUACCAACUGAUGCUAAAAUACAUAAUAUGUUUCACGUAUCCUUGCUCAAACCGGCGUAUGCUUUCAUUCAAUCUUCAAGUACUCUGCCACCACGAGUGCCACUAUCUGAACACAUUCCCCAGGCUGUGCUAGAUCGACGGAUGUUCUCCCUUGAGGACAAGGUUGCCGAAGGGGAGGAAAUUGUUACGAAUUUGAACGAACGCAACCAUUCAGGAAGGACUUAG